AUGAUGAAAUUCAUCAGCGAGACUGGCUUGGGCUUCUUCUUCGAGGAAGGCGACCAAUUCUUGGAAGACGUCGCCAAAAAAGCAGCUGAGCUCGAGGGCAAGGUGGACGAGGUGCUCAACUCCAAGGAAGACAUUCAGGACGUUACCAAGCUUGCACUCUAUCAGCCCGUCUUCUAUUGCGAUGACAGCACCUCCAUGAGAUAUGGCACUCGUGCUCGCGACCAGAUCCGCCUUGUUCGACGAGUUGCCCGAAUCUCUACAAUGCUGGUGCCUGACGACUGCGGAACGGGUCUGCAGUUCAUCAACAAGAAGCAUGCGCUAGGCGAUAAUCUCAAGGCAACAGAAGUCGAACAGAUCAUGGAAUCGGUGAAGCCGAACGGCGUGACUAUGAUCGGCACCAAUCUCGAGCGGAAGAUUCUCAAGCCUCUUGUUUACAACGUCAUCAACAGAGGAGACAAGCUUCCAAGGCCAGUUCUUGUUUCUUGCAUCACAGACGGCUGUGCCAGUCAUGAAAACGAAUCGGAGUUUAGGGAUACAAUUGUCAGAUGCCUUGAUUUUCUCAAGGCACACAACUACCCGCCCACAACCGUUCGAUUUCAAAUAAGCCAGAUCGGCAACGACAAGGCUGCCGAGGGGUUUCUCAACCAGCUUAGGGAUGACCCCGUUCUCAAGGACGUGCUCUUCUGUACUACCCAACGCCUCGAUGAAGAGUACAAGAAACUCAACGAGAACGAACAGGAUCUUGAACGAUGGCUUUUGAAGACGCUCAUGGGACCAAUUCUAAGUCUUGGGGCGCAAUCGAAGCAUGCAUAGGUAGGAAUCAUCCAGGUGGUCAUGUCAGACACCAAGGGACAAAAUCAAACAAAAAGGGAGAAGCCGUCGGGGACUUCUUAAGGCGCCAGGAGUAAGGGGUAUCAUUCAUUUGACACAUUCUUUGGACCUUUUCUCUCUCUCUCUCUCUCUCUCUCUCUCUCU